CAGAGCGACCCUCUCCGGAGUUGACAGCCAUAUUGCGGCUGUCAGUGGAACUUGUAGAGAAGUGGGCUCCGCGGGAAGUUGAGAAGGAGUCCAAGAAAGAGCUUGCUCAGGAGAGUUCAUCAGAUAAUAAGAGUACGCCCACUGACCCUUCGGAAUGCUGUAGGCUAGCAACCCAGUUCAAACUGCAGACCUCAGCCGAUUCUUGAAAGUUGACUUUUCCUAUUAUUGAGUUUUCCGGGGGCCCUGUCGUUUCAGCCCGUGCGUGAGUUGCCGCCGGAUCGCCGAACCGAUCUUGGAGUUCUUAGUGAGCGGUUCUUUGCCCGAGCCGGAGUGGGUCUUGGUCAGGCCCGGAUUUAGGUCCAGGAAAGGCACACGGACAAACCAACCAAUGCCGGUACCGGCCAACUGCUGCCGGGGUUAUUGCACUUUUCUUGUUUCCUGUCUGUGGAUUUGCAGGGUGGAGGUUUGGCUAGGUGACUUCAACAGGAGUAGGAGUUGCUUCUGUUACCACUGUUGACAUUUAUUAUCGUGGGAACCAAGGAGUGGGAUAGAGGCGGGUCCGGGACUUGAAACUACAACUCCGAGGCAGCCACCGCGGCCUUUCUUCUUUCUGAGCUGUCAAAGGGAAACAGUAAAUGAGCCAUGUUUUGGAAGUUUGAUCUACAUACAACAUCCCACAUUGAUACUUUGUUGGAACGGGAUGAUAUUUCGCUGUUCGAAGUACUGGAUGAGGAGGAUGUCCUGCAGGAGUGCAAAGUUACUAACCGCAAAUUGGUUGAUUUCCUUAUACGGCCACAAAACAUGACUACCUUGGUCAACAGUAUUACCGAGGAACCUCCGUGUGAUGUGGAUGAGAAAAUACGAUUCAAGUACCCAAAUAUCUCUUGUGAAAUUUUGACUGCAGAUGUGUCACAAAUUACUGAUGCCUUGGGAGAAGAUGAAGCUCUACUGAACAAGCUGUAUGAUUUUCUCAUGACCGAUAACACUCUUAAUCCAUUGCUUGCUAGUUUCUUCAGUAAAGUCAUGGGCAUUCUAAUUAACCGGAAGACUGAGCAGAUUGUGAGCUUUUUGCGUAAGAAGGAUGAUUUUGUGGGAUUGCUGCUAAAACACAUUGGAACUUCAGCGAUUAUGGACCUUCUUUUACGACUUCUCACGUGUGUUGAACCACCUCAGCUUCGUCAAGAUGUUUUCUCUUGGCUAAACGAAGAGAAGAUAGUACAGAGGCUAAUAGAUAUGAUUCAUCCUUCUAAAGAUGAUGAUCAACACUCAAAUGCCUCUCAGUCCCUGUGUGACAUUAUUCGUCUGAGUCGUGACCAGAUGAUUCAGAUCCAGGACAGUCCAGAACCGGACCAGUUAUUAGCCACCCUUGAAAAACAGGAAACCAUUGAGCAGCUGCUGAGUAACAUGUUGGAAGGGCCAAAGGUGGAGUCUGUACUUGUGAAUGGUAUUUUGGUAUUGCUGACGCUGCUAGAACCUCGACGACCCAGAUCCGAAAUGGGAGGGUUUUACUGCAAUGUUGAUGGACAGCUGGAGAUCAGUCAACCUGGGCCAGAGACCUGCAGCAGUCAAGCUAGUAUUGGCACUCUCCUAGCUAUUAAACACCACCUUAGAGAAUUCCAUCAGCUGCUGCUAGAGCCACCAAAGAAAGAAAGCUUGCUGACAACUUUUGGAGUGCUGGACCCUCCCUUGGGAAACACUCGACUUCAUGUGGUGAAACUCUUUGCCAGUCUGCUGCAUGCCAACAGCCCAGGUGUUAACCAGGACUUAAUGGAUCUGAAUGUUCUUAGUACUAUGAUGGACUUGUACUUCAAGUAUGUAUAUAACAACUUCUUGCAUUCGCAAGUGGAGCAAUGUAUCAGCACACUUCUGAAUACCCCUCCACCUGAGGAAGAAGUAGAGAACAGUGGAGAAAUGAUCUCCGUCCACCAGCUCAUCAAACAUCUGUUACAGAAGUGUCAUUUAACACAAAGAAUCCUUUUUGCUUGGGAAGAAAAUGAAAAGGAGCAGUCUGAAGGUGGUAGGAGGAAGGGCUAUAUGGGACACCUAACAAAAGUAGCAAAUGCCUUGGUACAGAGCUCAGAAAAAGGGCCUAACAGUUUAUUCAUAUUAAAGCUCAUCAAAGACCUCAAUGAGGAUGAGCAGGAGCAGUGGGAAAAGUUUGUUUCAGGUGCACUGUCAGAAGUCAACAAAAAGAACAUGGUCGACCUGGAGAAUACAGCAACAAUGCCCAUUUGCAGUGAUGAUGAGGAUGGAGAUCUGAAAGAGUUCAAUUUUCCUCAAGAAGCUGUUUUACAGCAGGCUUUUGUGGACUACCAGAUGCAGCAGAUGACAUCCACUUUUGUUGAUCAUUUUGGCUUUAACGAUGAGGAGUUCGGUGAGCAGGAACAGAGCGUCCAGUCUGCCUUUAACAGAGCUACUAAUGUCAACUUUUCACUGAACGCCGAUGAUGAAAAUCCAAAUUCUAACCUCUUUGAGCUGUGCUAUAAAGAACGAAUCCAGCAGUUUGAUGAUGAAGAUGAAGGAUCAGAUGGUGAAGACAUCUGGCAAGACAAGGAAGUCCGUUUUUCAUCUGGCACUGUGCAGUGUGUGAGCCAGAGGAGCUCUGACAGCACAGACAGAGAUGGGAGCAGAGACUCUGAAGACGAUGAUGAUGAAGAUGAUGAUGAUGAUGACGACAACCAGUCAUCUGGGAGAAACAGUAGGAAAUCCAGUAGUGGUAGUUUCACUGAGAAAAUAGAAGAGGAGGAGGAGGAGUACAGAAAAGAAGAUCAUGGCUGGGUUGCACAUUUUGAUGCCGUGCCUAUGGAUACGGAGUCCUCAGCUGCUGUCUGCCUCACUGUAGCAGAUUCUGGUUCAAGUUUGUGGGAUACCUCAAUGUCCAGCUCCUCCACUGAUCAAGGAGAGGGCUGGGCUGUUUUUACAACGUUGCCGACAGAGGCCAGUUUACAGGAAGUACAGAAAAGUGUUUCAUCUGUUCCAGCGGAAAACAAAAAGUAUGCUUUGACUGAGGAAGAAACCAAGAGUAAUGUUUCAGAGCAAGAAAAUACAACAGAAAACCUGAAAACAUCGUCCAGUCUAGACAGCCAACAGCAAGAUGCAGUAUCGCCUGCUAGCCCCACGUUUAAAGUAAAUGUAGAUGCCCUCACUGAAGAGAAUAGGGAAAAAUUUGAGAGGGGGCCAGUAGCUCUGAAUGGUGACAUGAAAAAGGCUGCUGAUUCAUUCAUGGAGAGCAAAACAGUACCUGGAGAUAUUACAAUUUCUGAAGGAAAUGUAUCAUCUACCUCUGAAGCUGUACCUGCUGUAAACAUUGUGCCAGGCAGCACAGAGUCCCAAAAGUACUGUCCUGAAGGUGUGCGUCCCUCUGAAGUCUUAUCCCAGGAGCAACAACAGGAACAUAGUGAGACUGUCAGACAAGAAAACAGUAAACACAAUCAGGACCAGUCUUCCUCACUUCCAAAUGGAUCCACUGUGCAGACACUUACAGCACAACAGACAAAGUAAAUCGUAUAUGAGAGAGCCUGCCAGAUGCUGUUUUCGGAGGUGCUGGCAAUCAACCUCCUCAUCAUUCUGCUCCGGACUUCUAAAACUGAAAUAAGAAUAAGAGGGCCGGUCUCCCUCUGUUUUUUUUUCCUCAUACUGUGCACAAGUCUAGCAGUGCUGUUGGAGCAGAAAAAGAAGGCCACUAUCUAAUCUUUCUCCAUCCCGUGCUCCACUACUUGCCCUCCUUUUUUUGACUUUUUCCUCCCUGUCUGCACUGGAAUUAAAGGAAGCAAGUUCCAACAAGAGAUGAAUUUUCGCACUAAUUCAGAAACAGAAAAAAAUGGAGCAGAAACAAAAAAACAAAUAUAAAUUAUAUUUUUUGAACAGAAACAAAAACUGUGUGUGUUUGUAUGUUUGCAAGAAGAUCUGUAAACUGAUGGAUGAAGCACAACUAAGAUUCAGGUGUUUCCAAUGCUUCUGAACCACUUAUCCUGAUGAUCCAGGGUCUGCCUGGAUUUUGGAGCAGCUAGUAUAGGAAAUUUUGCCCCUCCAUCCCUUGUAGUAAUUAAUUUACUUGAGGAUCCCCCUUUACCUUUUCCAGGUUUGUUGAUGUCCUAAGACAAUCCACCCCAGUUAUAACUGUUUAGAGCUGCCUAUAAAAGAGUUGCACUUUUGAACUAGAGUAUGAGUCCUUGGUGUGAAAAGCUUUCACUUUUGGUACUGUACUUAGUGCCAUCUUUGAUGAGAAAAAGGUUUGCGCUGUCCAUGCACACUCAUCUUGCCUUCCCAGGGGAAUAAUGUGAUCUGUAUCCAUGCAGCACUGAAGUAGAGGGCAGGCGCUUCAGUCUCUAUUGCCUUUGCAUUGUUGGGAUUUAUUCUCCCAUCCAUCCUACUAUUGUGCAUUACCUUAUUUUAAGGUGCUGUGGGACUGUUCCAUGAACUGCUCAGUUUAGUCAUGUGGUUAAAAUCCACUAGUUCCCUGUUUUAUCUUGUGAGUUCUAGUCCUUCCUUCCAUAUUGAACUUCACCGUCAAAUAGGAGCUUAUUGUUUGCUUAAUUAUUUUGGGAUAUAAAUGUAUUUUUUAUUUCUUUUUAUUAAUUUUGUUUUCUUGACAUUGCCUCAGAUUGUAAUCAAAAUGAAAAAAAAAGGUUCAAAUGUAGAGAAAGGAAUUUUCAAAGAAAACACCUUCCUGAAGAAGAUGCUUACCCUUAGUUCACAGAUUUUGUGGGUUUUCAGGAAACUCUCAUCAUUAAUCUUUGUUUGCAUAAAAGAAAGUAGCUUAAACUGAGCAUUCUUACUUUAUGGUCUGCAUCUGUUACCAAAGUCUGUUUCCCUUAAAGGUUGUUAUAAGGAACACUGCGUGCUGUUUUCAGAGGUUGGAGCAAAUCACCAUUUCAUAAGAAUUCUUUAAACCCCGUCCUACACAGUGUUGCCAUGCAUCAUGCUACCUCAGUUUUUUUUUUAUUCCCUCUCCCUGUCAUUCCUUCUUAACUGUACUGUACAUUUGUUUUAAUUUGACUGGCUAGAAGUGGGGCCAGCAUCACUGUUUUUAAAUGCCUCAGAAAGAGGAAGUACAAAGCCAAGCACAUUAACUACCUAAAUGUUACCUUAAUUUUCUCGUAAAUAGUUUAUCUGGUAUGUUAUAGCUGAUGUCAGAUAUCUUUGCUGUCCUGCCCAACAGGUGAGUUUCAGCAUUUCCACUAAACAGUGAUGAAUUAUCAUCCAGGUGAGUCAGAAUGCAUGCACAUUGUAUUUUCAAGAACAUUUGAACUUUGUGAAAUUUUUUAGAACUGUGUAAACUGUAAUGCCACCGAGAAACAGUUGGCUUCCUGUUCCACUUUCUCCCACAUCACAUAUAUCCAAAUGAGGCCUUGUCUAUUUUUUCUCUAAGGAAAUAUUUUGAUAACAGUUUUAUUCAGGUCUGAAAAAACAGCAGUUUAAGAUGUUCACUUCACUGUUAACUAAAUUGCAUGAGUAGUUCAGAGAUAUGACCACAAUGUUAUGGGUAAAAUGAAACUGUAUGUUUUCAGCACUGAAUAACUCUUGCAGUAGCACAGUCUCUGAAUUUACUGAAACAAUUACAUUCAAAUGUGUAUUAUCUAAGCCCAGUUCAGUACUUUACCAAGGUGUUUUCAUUGUAGUUCACUCUUUCAGUUCACCUCAAAAUACAUUAAUGCGUAGAUUACCAACAUUAUAAAUUUUAUAAAAUAUUUAUUGUGUAGUAAAGACAGGGAUUAGGACAAGCAGCAUGAAACUUGAAGCAUAUAAAUGUUGGCCCUAAAAAUUGUAAAUAUUCUAAUAAGUAAGAAUUAGUUUCAUAGUAUUAUAUAUAGAGAUUGUGUGAUAUUUGGAAGCAGGCAACCCAGGAAUGAAUUGUGCGCAAAAUAUACUUAAAACUUGAGCAAGUUGCUUAAUAUCAUUUUACACAACUACUACACCUCUGCAGGCUGUGCUGUUCGUGGGCUGUAAUUGCAGCUGACAUACUAAGUUGCUCAGCAGCAUAAGUUAGGUUUACUGGAGCAACAAGAAUAAAACGGCCAUAUGGCCAUUUAUGUCUCUAAACCUUACUACAUGCAGCCUUAGGUUUAUGUGGCUUCUGGAAAGAAGUGGACUGACUUUGCACUCUUAGGUAAGUACCCAUAUGGCUACCUAAGCUUUUGUACAGAAUGAUUUAGCAGCUGUGGUACUAUUGUAGUGUGUAAACUUGCCAUUUUGUGCCUUGUUCUACAUCACUGUCUGCUGUAGGACUGUAUAGAAGAGACUCACCUAAAAGCUGAUGCACCUUAUUAGAGCUAAUGAAUAAAAAGAUUGCAAAACAGUACUUCAUACCCAAGUGCACUAGAGGUAUAUGUUUUGUAAUAUUUUCCACCUUGAGGGCUUCCUUGUGAUAGUCUUUUAAGUGCCAGGUAAUGAAGCAGAUUACAGCAAAGAAAUAUUACAUUAUGGGUUUGCCCUGUAACAGGGUGACAUUAAUUUUAGGAGUUGACCUCUUUAAAUCACUGCCUCUGCCAAGCUGCUGUUGUGCUGUGGGCUUCUUUUGUUUCUACCAGCUUCAGAUAAUCUCAGGAGUAUGUAGAGCAGCUGAAAAACGUGGAGAUGCUUUUGAGAAGGGUAGCCAUGUUAAGACAACAGGGAAUUUUAAUUACUUGUCCUGCUGGAAGUAAGACCCAGUGUGUGCUUGCAUAUUUUUCACUUUUAAAAUGAGAAUGUGUAGGAUAUUUCUGAGGUCAAGUUACCCAACAGAAACGAGGAUCUCCAUAACUGCACAAGCUCCUGACCGUUGAGAGAAGUAAGGCAGUUAAUCUUUUUGGAAAACUGGCUUUGGCAUUGUGCAGUAUGAUGGUUAAAAUUUGAGUACCGUGGGAUUUUGCAUCUUUUGAUGGAAAUUAGUGUCCACUAUACUGAAUAUUUUUGUGAAGAAAUGGAAAAAAAUGAAUAAAUGUAAGUUACAGUCUGUGUCUCUUUUUU